AUGAAAGGCACCCUCUAUGUGGGAUUUGUUACUUCCAACCCAGACAAUCGUCUCAUAAGCAAGGUCAUAUGCCAAGGAGAUAUGUUUGUGUUCCCUGUUGGUCUCAUUCACUUCCAGCUAAAUGUUGGAAACACACCUGCAGUGGUUAUUGCCGCGCUGAGCAGUCAGAAUCUAGGAGUAAUCACUAUUGCAAAUGCAGUGUUCGGGUCAAAGCCACCUAUCUCUGUUGAUGUUCUCACCAAGGCCUUCCAAGUUGACAAAAAUGUG